AAACAAAAACAAUCACUAAGCUCUUAUCACCUCUUCUCCAAUCUUGUAUAAAACCAGGCUUUAAUGGCAUCUCUUUCAUUUGGUCUGAACCCAGCACACCAAUUCAAGAAUCACUCAGUUCACUUACCAUCAUCUCAGUCUGGUUUGAGCUCACCAUUUUUACAUGGAUUAAGAGGUUCAAAAUUGCAUGUUAAUGGGUUUAUUACUAAAGCUGAACAUAAAGCUAGAGGCUUUAUUUCUAUUCAGGCAAAAGCUCAACCACCCAACUCUGAGAAACAGCAGAAGGAGGUGAUACCAGAAGAAGGGUCCUGUGACCCCAUAUGUUCAGUUGAUGAAACAAGUUCACAACAACUUGAAGCCACUUACCAGCCAAAGACUGAUCUGGUAAAAGCUCUUGCAGUUUUCGCAGCAGCUGGAACGGGGGCUAUAGCAAUUAACCAUUCAUGGGUUGCAGCCAAUCAGGAUCUUGCUAUGGUAAUACUCUUUGGAUUAGGAUAUGCAGGCAUCAUUUUUGAAGAGUCUCUAGCUUUCAAUAAAAGUGGAGUAGGAUUAUUGAUGGCUGUUAGCUUAUGGGUGAUAAGAAGCAUUGGGGCCCCUUCUACUGAAAUAGCAGUUUCAGAGUUGACACGCGCUUCUGCAGAAGUUAGUGAGAUCGUGUUUUUCUUGCUUGGUGCAAUGACUAUUGUCGAAAUUGUUGAUGCACAUCAAGGUUUUAAGCUGGUCACUGACAAUAUCACUACUCGAAAGCCACGCACUUUGCUUUGGGUGGUUGGCUUUGUGACAUUUUUCCUUAGUUCAAUCCUUGACAAUUUGACAUCUACCAUUGUCAUGGUUUCACUGUUGAGAAAACUAGUACCUCCAUCAGAAUACCGCAAGAUUCUAGGAGCUGUUGUUGUGAUUGCAGCAAAUGCAGGUGGAGCAUGGACUCCCAUCGGUGAUGUUACGACUACUAUGCUAUGGAUUCAUGGUCAAAUAUCUACAUUGCCCACAAUGCAGAAUUUGGUAUUACCUUCAGCUGUUUCUCUAGCUGUGCCACUGGCUCUUAUGUCACUCACAAGCGAAGUUAAUGGAAAAGAUCAGGGAUCUUCCGAUGUUUUGGCUUCUGAAAGAAUGGCUCCUCGAGGACAGCUUGUUUUCUCCGUGGGUGUCGGAGCUUUAAUAUUUGUUCCUGUGUUCAAGGCCUUAACGGGAUUGCCUCCAUACAUGGGCAUGCUUCUUGGACUCGGAGUUCUUUGGAUUCUUACGGAUGCUAUUCAUUAUGGUGAAUCAGAAAGGCAGAAGUUGAAAGUUCCGCAGGCUUUAUCUCGAAUUGACACGCAAGGAGCUCUUUUCUUCCUCGGAAUCCUUUUGUCUGUCAGCAGCCUUGAGGCGGCAGGGAUUCUUCGAGAAUUGGCAAAUUACCUCGAUGCCCAUAUUUCAAAUGUAGAACUUGUUGCAAGUGCAAUAGGGGUCGUAUCAGCGAUUAUAGAUAACGUACCGUUGGUUGCAGCAACAAUGGGAAUGUAUGAUCUCACCUCAUUUCCUCAGGAUUCAGAAUUUUGGCAGUUAGUUGCCUUCUGCGCUGGGACGGGCGGUUCCAUGCUAGUAAUAGGUUCUGCUGCCGGAGUUGCAUUUAUGGGGAUGGAGAAGGUGGAUUUCUUUUGGUACAUGAAAAAGGUGAGCGGUUUUGCAUUUGCCGGUUAUGCUGCUGGUAUUGCAACUUACUUAGCAGUCCAUAACCUUCAAUUCUCUUUACCCACAACGCUAGCUGAAGUUCCAUUCCUCUCGGGCUCAUAAAUCAUGCCGGCGAAGAUCAAUAUUUUACUGGAUUCAAGCAACGACGGGUCCAUAGACGCCAGACAGACUAAUCUAGCAAAUUGGCAGUAUAGUUCGACAAUGUAGAAGCAAGCUCUUCUCAGAAGUAUAGAAUGUUGAAUCGAGUGUUUACAAGGUAUAAUAAACCGAGUUCCAGAACAUUGAAAUUUUCGAUAAUGUGAUGAGUUCCGAGUUCUUCUAAAACAUUUAUCGUCUUCUCUCGAUAAUAAAUGAGGCGAGAGUAUUGCAACCUGUUUUAUAAAGUUCAACAUUGUAUGCUUUUGUUCUUUGUAAAAUGAUAGUUCUAGAUGUUAUAUAAAAAGAAAAACCAGUGUCAUAUUUGAAAAUGCCUAAAUUUGCUCUUUCUGUA